AUGAAAAAAAAAGGGAAAAGUAAUGAGGACAAAAAAUUAAUUUUAUAUGAUAUUAUGCUUGAAAGUGAAUCUUUUUUUAUUUUAAAGGAAUUGGAAGCCUUAGCGCCAAAAAAGGGAAUUCGAUCAAUCUUUGUUAAAGACUUAAUUCAGCAAUUGAUUGAUGACAACAAAAUAAAAUCUGAGAAAGUUGGGUCACAAAAUGUUUUUUGGAUUCUAAAAACUGAAGAAUCUUCUAUUCUACAAAAUAAAUACCAAGAAUUGAAAGAUAAAAAAGAGGAAUAUGAAGAGAUGGCAAAAGCGGAAAAGGAGACCUAUGCUGAAUUAGAGAGUUCAUUAUCUUUAAAAAAUGACAAACUAAAGGAUACAUUGAAAGAAGUUAAAAAUGUAUUGGAUAGAAUAGAUAUUAAAAAAAGUGAACUUGAUAAAUUAAAAAAAACCGAUAUAAGACAAAUAGAGAAAAUGAAAAUCCAAAGCAAUUUUGCUACAGAAUCUAUAGAAAGAUGGAAUAAUAAUAUUUUCUUAUUGAAACAAUGGAUACAAGAUCGAACUAAAAAUUCAGGAGAUACUGUUGACAGAUUAUUGGGAAUAAAAGACAUAUUUGACAAUUGGAAUUAA